GCAAGUUGACAAGACCAGACACCCCAGCUCAGUUGUCUUCAAUGCAAAUACCCCUUUGAUUCCUAGUGUUUCCUUCCUACUGACCUGCUCACAAGGGCAUCCUAUCCAGCUUUUGUAGCUGUCUUUGAUUCUAGUCGGGCAAACACACACGACCGAAGGAAGAAAAUAUCACUGUCCAGUGAAAUCUACUGUAUCCAGCUGAGGGUCAUGCUGACUUACAUAUUAUGAGAUGUCUUUCUCUACAAAGGGGACGUUUCUCCUGUGUCUGACCCUGGCUUUACACAGUGUGCUGGGCCUGACCCUUACAGAUGGAUCACCUGGCCAGCUCCUGGGCACACCGUGGGCAGCGGUGCUGUGCUGCGAACUGGCUGAACAUGCACACUCGCCGCCGUGUCACAUCAACCUCCACAGCAGCUCUCUGGAAUCUCCCAAUCAUCUUCCCAGCAGAGGAGUUGUCUGUUUGAACAUCCUGUGCUGGGUUGAUGGGAACGCGGAAAAUGUAAUUUGUAAUCUAAAGCUUGACGUUGGACUGUCAGACACCAGCAGGCCCAUUGCAGUUAGCUUGCAGCGUUUGCCGUCACAAUUGGAUUCAGACAAUGUGACAGACAGUGGGGCACGCGACAAAUGUGAAGGACGAGAUGUCCAGACAUGUUCUGUCGCUCUCCAUUCAGUCAACAGCACGGUGUCUCUGAUGAUCUCCGUGUCUGAUGGUUCUAGCUCUGUGCAGUCGCCAGCGAUGGAAAUUGUCCCAUUAAGUUUCUUGAAGCCAAACCCCCCAUUGGACCUGGAGUAUCACAUGACUACAGAAGGUGAGCUGAGAUUGAGCUGGACCCAUGCUCCACCCAGCACUGAACACUUCGUCUAUGACAUCCGCUACUCCUCCCAACCCUUGCACUCCUGGAUGCGCAUGGGUGCAGAGGGGGCUCCUGGUGUCUACCUUAAGGGGCUUAAUGUAGGACUGAACUACACUGUCCAGGUGCGCUGCAAGACCCCCGGCAACCAGGGAGUGUGGAGCGACUGGAGCCGUCGCCUCUAUGUUUACCUCAACGAAGUGAGUUAUAUCCCUGAAAGAUUAUUCACCAGCACGGGGUCCAACGUCACAAUUUACUGCAUUUUUAACAACCCAAGCCACAAUGCUAACAAUGCAGUUUGGUGGCUGAGCUACCAGAAAGUUCCAGAGACCCAGUACACCAUUAUCAAUGACCAUGUAAGCAGUGUCACUCUGCUUAAUGUCAAACCACUGAAACAAAGAGGUUAUGACAUCCUCCACUGCUGCCAGCGAGAUGGAGAGAAGUCACUGUGCAGCGUCCCCUAUGCUCAGAUUUACGUGAAGGAUCUCAGCGUUGCCAUAUCCUGUGAAGUCAAUGGCGAGCUCACGGCCAUGACCUGCACCUGGAAUACCAGCCAAUGGGCUGAGGUCAGGUGUCUUUACCAAAGAUAUCCACUUCCUUGUGAAGAGGAGAUGGAAUUGCCUCCUGCUGAGGAGUGCCCUGUAUUGGGGUGGGACUCUAAGAGUUGCAGCCUGCAGCCCCUAUUCCUGACCUCCUGCUACAUCAUGUGGGUGGAAGGAAGGAAGACGGAGGGAGCCGUCAAGUCCCAGCCUGUCUAUUUCCAGCCCAUUGACUUGGUGAAGCCCCAUCCUCCUUUUGACCUGGGGGCCAUCUCUCUGCCAGAUGCAUAUCUAAGUAUCUGGUGGAAGAGACCUGAACUGCCUGUCUAUGAGCUCCAGUUUGAAGUCCGUUACUCAGUGGACAAAGAUGACACACUGCAAAAGGUCAUAAGAUCCGUGUUCAAUCAGUCAGCCAUAGUCCCGGUUGUGGAUCCGUGUGGGGUGUAUACCAUCCAGGUACGCUGCAAGCGACUUACUGGACCUGGAUUCUGGAGUGAUUGGAGCAGCCCUUAUUAUUCUACCGUGAAUAACAUCAAAGCACCUGAACAGGGACCUGAUUUCUGGAGAAUGCUUCAGGAAUAUCCCAAACUGAAUCAGACAAAUGUCACUCUUCUCUUCAAGCUUUCACAGAGUGAGCAUAAUUUCUGUUGUGUGGAGGGACUUACAAUUAAGCACCAGACCUCCAGGGGCUCUGUCUGGUUGGAGAAUUUAGACCGUGUUUCCACCUACACCUUUUCUUGGACUGAAGAUGCCCACACAGUCACUGUCCUGGCCCACAAUGCCCUUGGAUCUUCAACCAAGAACAGCUACAUGACACUUGCCCGGGGCACCAAAUCGCAAUCUGUCCACUCGUUUAACUCAGUGAUGGUAAACAGCAGCUGUGUGGCAUUCUCCUGGACCCUGUUCCCAAACAGUUCUGCUCCAUCUUCGUUUGUCAUCGAAUGGAGCGCCCAAAGCAGGAGCAGACAGCACACCAAGCAGGGGGAAAGGGUGAAGUGGGUACGAGUCCCCCCCUACAGCCGUGCCUUUCACCUACAUGAAACCUUCUUUGCCACAGAAGAAUACCAGUUUACUUUGUAUCCAAUAUUUGAGAAUGGAGAAGGAGAGCCUAUCUAUGCCAAAGAAGACAGGGGGCGACCCAGGGGAGACCAUGCAGCCUACGUGCUCCUGCUGAUUAUCGCCUUCCUGUCAGUGGUCUUGUUUGUGACACUCGCCGUCUCCCAGAACCAAAUGAGGAAGCUUGUGUGGAAAGAUGUUCCCAACCCUAACAACUGCUCCUGGGCCCAGGGGGUGGAUUUUAGGAAGGCAGAGACCAUCGAAAGCCUUUUCCGCCACCCUGAGCGACUAAUAUCCUGCCCCUUGCUCCUGGAGUCAGAGACUAUAUCUGAGGCUGUAAUUGUAGAAACGACAGGAUCUAAGGUCCAGGACAAUGAAAGGGAUCAAGUCCUGGACAAAGCUGGAGAGGGGGAUGAGGCCUCCACUCUGGCCCCCUGCCAAAACCCUGAGGAGCCCCCGGUCCAGGAGACAUCCGUUUCCCCCAGUUCCCCUGAUGGCUCAGCCCAAUCCAGAAUCAGCUACGCCAUGGUUCUAUUUCCAGAGACACCUGGUCUCCUGUACAAGCAGCAGGAGAGCCUGAGCAGCUCCUCGGAUGAGGGAAACUUCUCCGCCAACAACUCUGACAUCUCCGGCUCCUUUCCUGGGGGCUUGUGGGAGCUGGAGAACCCCCCUUCCAACGAAUCCGGUCCCCGGCACUCCUGCUGCUACAACUCUGCUGAGGAGUUCUCCGAACCUUCCGAUCAGGAAGAUGAUGUCCUGGAUGGAACAGGCGCAGGAAAACAACUCUACUACCUGGGCAUGACCUCACAAGAUGAGGAAGAGGAUGAAGAUGAUAAGCAAGAUGAGGAUGACGAGGAGGAAAAGGUGGUGAGGUUCCCUGCAGAGGAUGCUGAAGCGCUACCUCUGGAGUCCAACCCCCUACUCGGCCGUUGGGAUCCCAGAUUGGACAGGACUGACGUGGUGGCACAGAGUCCUCCACUGUACGUGCCACAGUUCCGAACUGCAUCCAAGAAGUCCCAGCAGGCUAAAGGAGUCCCUCCAGGUCUGAAAAGUUCUGAACAGGAGCCGGUGUGCUGAGCUGGUUUUACUGUGGCUACUAUAGAGGCCACAUGUCAGAUCUCCAUACUCUCAUUGUCUGAUCGAAGGGCUGCACAAGCCGGACAUGCAGCCUGUGCACCCUUCAGAUGAAAGAAUGUAGCCUGUGUGUGUCAUGAGGAAUUCUGACACCCUAUGGCACUUUAUGCUGUGAGGAAAGCUUAAACAGGGGAUACGACCUUACUGUAUGAAGAAAUGCUUUUAGCAGACUAAGCUGUGAAAGACAAGCACAUAAUAGAUAAAGUUACAAAGGCUAAUGCCUGCAGCAGUCAGCUCACUGCUGUUGAUUUCUGAAACAUGAUGCUCAUUGUUUCUGGGACAUAGAUUGUAUUGGAAUAGUGUUGAAAAAACAUUUGCAUGGAGAAAAAUGCUCUAUAAAAUCUGAAUGUCUGUUUUUUCUUUUUCCCAUAUCAUAUAUUUGCUAAUCUUCAAACAAUGUGCCAUCUAUUUUCUGUGCUAUUUUGUAUUGAAAUCAGUUAAUACAUGUGAAAGAGAAAUAGCAAGGACCGAUUUAAAAUGGAUUUAAUGAUUCAAGGUCUGCGCUGUGUCUAUAGUGAAUACAUUGUAAGAGUGUACAUAAAGAUGAUCCUAUAUUUUUGUGGGUAAAAUAAAGUAUUUAUUGCCA